AUCUAGAUAUUUUAUUUAUUUUAUUUUUUCAAUUCUCCAUAAAAAUGCUAGAAACUGCUUUGGAAAGUGUCUCAACAUGUUGUCAAUUAACUGGUCUUGGUGUAUUUUACACUUAUAUUUUGUCAUUUGUAUUGGCAUUUGAUCUUUCUUUGACCGCAGCUUUAUAUAUUGCUUCACUUGGUGCUGUUCUUGUUUUUCUUUCGGCGAAUUAUCAAUUUGAUAAUAAAAAAUUCGAGCCUAAAACUUUCAUAGUUUAUGGAUUAUUUGCGCAGAGCUUUUGUUCAGCUUCUUUGGCUACAUGCUUUUUUGCAGAAUCAGGAGAUGAAUCGAAAAGUGAUAAAUCAUUGAUGACACAAAUAAUUCCAAAAAUCUCAAUCAUAUUAUUCUUCCUUGCUUUUUAUUUAACUCAUGCUUCAUCAAUGUUUUACAUCAAAAUUCUGUGCCGUUCUGGAAACUGUACUGAUAGUGCUUCAACUCUCAGUUGGGUUGUUACAAUUAUUUUAAUUGGUUUUAAAGUUGUCGACUAUGAAGAUUUUUCAAAGAGUCUUAGCAUCACAAUGAUUGCUUUUGGAUUCUUGUAUUUAAGUCUAGCAUUUGUCAUAAACGAUCGAUUACCUCCAGCGAAAAGCCUUUUUGAGCAAGAAAUUGCACAAAGUUUUGGAUUUCAAUCAGUUAAAAAUAUUCUCAAAUAUGAAGACCAUCGCACAUCGGAAACAGAUGGAAUUUUAACUUUUUAUAUCAAGAAUCUUACAAGCGAUAAAAUAGCGAUUGAUAUAAGCUUCUCAAAUCCAGGAGAUCAGUUAGAUGGACAUUUUUCAAGGAAGUAUAUUCGUGGAAAAGGUCAUGUGAAACUUAAUGUAAAGCGAGGAACUAUAAUGGAAAAAGGAGAUCGAAUGUUCAUUUUUUAUGCAAGAUCUAUAAAAGAUUUGGAAAGUAUCAAUGAUUCGGGAUUUCUAACUAUUUAUUUUUGAUUUAUUGGGUUUAUAUGAUCUGAAUGUUGAUAUAAAAAAUUUUAAAACUUCGAUUUAAAAAAUUGUCUCAAUAAAAAAAUUUCAAAUGA